AUUGAGAGAAAGGCAGCAACCCUUUUGGAUAUCUUCUAACUAUUUGUGAUUAUGUCUGCAAGAUUGAAUAUGCAAAUUUGAAAUUUCUGUGGAGAUAGGCAUAUAUAUUGAUGGAAAACUAUAAUAAUUCUCAAUCUCCUUACACUUAUGAACCAAACGUUGAGAAAUGAGUUCCCCAUCCUCCCAAGACAAAAUUCAUCCUCUUCAGUACUGGAUACAUCCUCUGUAAGGUCUAGUCCCCAUCACCAUCCUUCCUACUCAGACACAUCAGUAGAAAAAGGACGCAGCAAGGGUCUGUGGCUUACACCGUCCACACCCUCUAAAACCUCAAUGAAAUGUCUACUCAUACAUGGGAAUCUGGAUAUCUGGGUGUACGAAGCAAAAAACCUCCCAAACAUGGACUUGUUUCAUAAAACCUUAGGUGACAUGUUUAAAAAACUGCCGGGGAACAUGAGCUCCAAGAUUGAAGGACACAUGAACCAUAAGAUCACAAGUGAUCCUUAUGUCACAAUUGCAUUGUCAGGUGCAACCGUGGGACGGACCUACGUGAUAAGCAACGACGAGAAUCCCACUUGGAUGCAACAUUUUAAUGUCCCAGUUGCACAUUACGCUUCUGAAGUUCACUUCAUUGUGAAGGACGAUGACGUGGUGGGGUCCCAACUUAUAGGGACAGUGGCAAUUCCGGUGGAAAACAUACAUGGAGGGGGGAAAGUUGAAGGAUUCUUCCCAAUUCUUUCAAGUAAUGGGAAGCCAUCUAAGGCUGGUGCUAUAUUGAGUCUCUCAAUCCAAUACACACCCAUGGAGCAACUAAACAUUUACCACUUUGGAGUUGGGGCAGGGCCGGAUUACACUGGGGUUCCAAGGACCUACUUUCCAUUGAGAAAUGGUGGGAAAGUCACCCUUUACCAGGAUGCUCAUGUGCCUUUCGGAAGCCUUCCAAAUUUGGAACUUGAAGGUGGGAUGAGGUAUGUGCAUGGUCAGUGCUGGACUGACAUCUUCAAUGCCCUGCGAAAUGCUCGGAGGCUGAUUUAUAUCACAGGAUGGUCAGUGUGGCAUAAGGUUAGAUUGGUAAGGGAUGAUUCUUCCCUGGAAGAAUGUUCUUUAGGAGAGCUACUGAAGUCAAAGUCACAAGAAGGGGUGAGGGUGUUGCUUCUGAUUUGGGACGAUCCUACCUCCAGAAACAUCCUAGGAUAUAAAACGGAUGGAGUCAUGGCGACACAUGAUGAAGAAACUCGUCGUUUCUUUAAACACUCUUCUGUGCAAGUGCUUCUCUGUCCCCGUGUUGCAGGAAAGCACCACAGUUGGAUGAAACAAAGGGAAGUUGGAGUAAUUUAUACACAUCAUCAAAAGACUGUGAUAGUGGAUACUGAGGCUUUCAAUAACAGAAGAGAAAUCACAGCAUUUAUCGGAGGGCUUGAUUUGUGUGAUGGGCGAUAUGAUACACCUGAUCAUUCUAUAUUUAGAACUCUUCAGACUUUGCACUCAGAUGACUAUCAUAAUCCAACAUUUGCAGGGAAUGUGUCUGGUUGUCCCAGAGAACCAUGGCAUGACAUGCACUGUAAGAUUUAUGGUCCGGCAGCAUAUGACAUCCUCACCAAUUUUGAGGAGCGUUGGCUUAAGGCAUCAAAGCCCCGUGGCUUUAAAAAACUAAAGAAGGCAUACGAUGAUGCAUUGCUACGGAUAGAAAGAAUGCCCGAAAUCCUAAGCCCUUCUGAUGUUUGUUAUGUGAGUGAUGAUGAUCCUGAAGGUUGGCAUGUGCAGAUAUUCCGUUCCAUUGAUUCCAAUUCAGUAAAAGGCUUUCCUAAAGAUUCUAAACAAGCUACAAUGAAGAACCUGGUAUGUGGAAAGAAUGUCAUGAUCGACAUGAGCAUACACACAGCGUAUGUGAAGGCCAUCCGUUCUGCACAACAUUAUAUCUACAUUGAAAAUCAAUACUUCAUUGGUUCCUCAUAUAAUUGGAGUCAAUAUAAGGACGUCGGUGCCAACAAUUUGAUUCCGAUGGAAAUCGCACUAAAAGUUGCUGAAAAAAUAAGAGCACAUGAGAGGUUUGCAGCUUACAUUGUCAUCCCAAUGUGGCCUGAGGGUAAUCCAACGGGUGCUGCGACACAAAGAAUUCUUUUUUGGCAGCAUAAGACAAUGCAAAUGAUGUAUGAAACUAUAUACAAGGCCUUAGUAGAGGUGGGGCUUGAGGGUGCAUUUUCUCCCCAAGAUUACUUGAACUUCUACUGCCUUGGCAACCGUGAGGCACCUCCUAGUGCAAACGAUGCAUCACGAACUGAAAAUAAUGGGCCAGCAAAUAGUCCACAGGCACUCUGCAAGAAAAACCGCAGAUUCAUGAUUUAUGUGCAUUCCAAAGGAAUGAUUGUGGAUGAUGAGAAAGUGAUCAUAGGGUCUGCAAACAUAAACCAGCGCUCAUUGGAGGGAACAAGAGACACCGAGAUUGCAAUGGGAGCUUACCAACCUCAUUAUACAUGGGCAAGAAAGCAAUCGAUUCCCAAAGGACAGAUUUAUGGGUACAGAAUGUCUCUCUGGGCUGAGCAUUUGGGGGUUGUGGAGGAUUGCUUUAAGCGACCAGAAUCCUUGGAAUGUGUAAGACGCAUCAGAUCAAUGGGAGAAACCAACUGGCAGCAAUUUGCAGCAGAUGAAGUGACAGAAAUGAGAGGGCACCUCAUGAAGUACCCUGUCCAUGUUGACCGGAAGGGUAAGGUAAAGCCUCUUUCUAAGUUCCCAGUCUUUCCAGAUGUUGGGGGUAGCACAGUUGGAUCCUUUCUUGCCAUUCAAGAAAAUCUCACAAUCUGAGUUUCAUGUUUUGGAAAAAAAAUCCAAAAACAACUCCCACAAGCAUAUAAGGAUGAUAAGUGUUGAAAAUGCACGUUUGUAAUGUCGUGGUUAGUAUUUUCGCUCAUAAAGUGUUAUGAAUUUG